AUGGUGGGUGGGUCGAAACAAUGUUCGUCGUCAGUGCACAGACGUCGAACGCGAGAAGAUGGUGGUGCGAAGAGAAGAUGCGGUGACUGUUACGGUCACACGCAUCCACCUGAAAAGACGUCUUCGCACCUGACCGGUCCGAAUACUACACUGUCCACAGUGGAGCAUCAACCAAAUCGAGGUAUAACUGUACCUUUUUCUGUCGGAAACUUGGCUCUGCUGUUUUUGUGGCUGUGCCUUAACAUCUUUCCUUCAUUCUGUCGUUCUCCUAACAACCCUAACAACAUACUACCGAACAUUCAACGUUUCAACAUGGUCUUGAACACGGAAGGAGAAAUCCAAAUCCUCAAGGAUAAAAUCAAGGAAUUCGGAAUACGGAAUUCGGACGAGAAAUACAGCGUUGCGUACGGGAUCUUGUACGAGAAGACGGCUAAUACCUUUGAAGCCUUAAACGGAACAUUAAGAGCUGCGAAGAAACAGAAGAAAAUCGCUUUCGACAAGGAACUGCUUAUGAUGCCCAAUGAUAAGGAGGUUCAGGUCGUUUUACUCGAAGAUUAGAAGACUAUAUUGAUGUGUCCACACUCAUACAUUUGAUUUAUACGAAUAUUCAAGCCUUUCCCUCAUGCGCCAA